AUGGCAUUUUAGAAAGUAUCAUUUUAAUAAAAGCAUUAGGUUAGAAAAUAUCCAAAAAUACCACUUUAGCAUGGAUUUUCAUUUUUCAAUCAUACUACAACAGGAAGUUGUUGGCAAAAUAAUGAGAUCCCUCAUUCUAUAAUCCUCAGAGUGUUUUUAGAACAGUCAGAGAAAUUAAAUUUAAAUUUUUGUGGUGUGAAAAUAUCUACAGGUUCUUUAUUUACAUACUCUAGUAGAUGCAACUGCCUAAUAUUAAGAACUUAAGCGUAGACUUAUCCAUUGCAGGUGUUUGUAUUAUUUAAAGCAAUAUCCAGAAUUGAAUUCACAUAUACGUUAGUAUUGAAUCUAGAACAAGGUAAAUUACAACCAAAGGCAUUUACGAUGGUUGGAAUCUCUGCAAUACAAACUGAACAUCAAUCUCCAUGUUUUUACAAAAUGAAACUUGUAUUAAAUUGA